CCACAAAAACGGGAUGUUGCUGUUGGUGUACCAUUAUAUGCCUAACGGGAGCCUCGACGUCCAUAUCUUGUGCCCGCCAGAGAAUGCGGCUUUGGGCUGGAACCUCAGGUAUAAGAUCUUAUCCGAUGUCGCAUUGGCCCUCCACUACCUUCACAACGAGUAUGACCAGAAGGUCCUCCUCCGCGACCUCAAGGCCAAUAAUACCAUGCUCGACGGUGAAUUCAAUGCCCGGCUCAGCGAUUUUGGCCUUGCCCGUGCCAUUGACAAUGGGGAGACAUCUUAUGCCGAGCUUGAUGGUGUACCUGGCACAUUCGGAUACAUUGCCCGGAGUGCCUCCACACUGGGAAGGCCUCAAGAGAAUCGGAGGUCUACAGCUUCGGGGCAGCGAUUCUAAAGGUGAUUUGUGGCCAAAGGCCCUGGACCAAGAUCGGUGAUUUCCAACUCCUGGUGGACUAGGUCUGGUACCUUCACCGUGACAGGCGACUGUUGGAGGCAGUGGACGGGCGGCUGGGCGGCGAUUAUGUUGCUGAGGAGACACAGAGGCUUAUGUUCCUUGGCCUGGCCUGCUCCUACCCAAUAGCUAGCGAGAGGCCCAAGACUCAAGCGAUCGUUCAAAUCAUGUCCAGUUCGGUGCCGCCACCUCAGGUCCCGCCGUUCAAGCCUCCAUUCGUGUGGCCGUCAAUGGGCUCGCUGAACAUCUACGGGGACACCACCGACACGACCCCGAUCACGUCAUCGGCAUUUGGGUUGAGUUGGACGCAGCGAGAGAGCUUCGCUGGGUACAACGACAGCUCCCUCUAAUGAACUGCUCCACAAGGAAUUCUUAGCUUUUUUUUUUCUCCCUGUAUAAUUGAAAUUUCGAAAAUGUAAAUUAAUUUCUCACUCUUAUUUUUUAUUUCUAGUUGUCCUUUCCUUUUUUGGUUUGGUAAUUUUCCUGGUCUAUUUUGGGCAGCGGCAGGCAACCAUGGAUUGUUUGUGCAAUCAGCCUCAUUUUAGUUUAUUUCUUCCCUUUCUUUUCGUUUCUCUCUUUAAUAUUUGGAUUUUGUCGAUUAUUUUAGAUUUUGCAUGAGGGGAUGUACAAGAAAUAUUGUACAGUCAAAUCAUUCAAAAAUAAUCAUUAAUU